AUGCACACAAUUAGCACCGAGAUUCUCAUCAACGCUUCGGCCAAGGUGGUCAGGGCUGCAGUAUUGGACUUUGAGUCUUAUCCGGAAUGGAAUCCGUUCGUGAAAAAGGUGAAGAUUAUUAGUGAGCCUGAGCCUCAAUCUGUGGCAGAACGACCUCAAGCUGGCUCCCAAUUAGAGGUUAUUGUUUUACCGGAGGGAGGCUCACAGAAAACAUUCACUACUGAGGUGCUAGUGAAUACCCCGGAACGGUUUCAGUGGAUUGGAACUCUGGUAUCUACCUGGUUGUUCUCUGGAAGACAUAGCUUUGAUUUUACAAAGAUCGACGAUAAUACCACGAAGCUCAUUCAAAAGGAAGAAUUCGUUGGAGCAUUUGUCCCGCUGAUCAAAUACGCCUUGGGUGGAACCGAGGAAGGCUUCAACGCGAUGAACGUUGCGUUGAAGAAACGGGUUGAACUUUAG